AUGGACUUGCCACCAGGAUGUAACUUAGCUCGUGACAAGGAGAAUCAAGUUUGCAAGCUCAGAAAGUCAUUAUAUGGGUUAAAGCAGUCCCCCAGGGCAUGGUUUGGUAGAUUCACUAAAUACAUGAAGAAUUUUGGAUAUAUACAGAGUAAUGGAAAGCACACCUUGUUCUUGAAGCGUGAUGGAAGAAGACUUACUGCACUGAUUGUUUAUGUGGAUGGCAUAGUCGUAAUCGAAAACGACACAAAAGAGCAAUUGAAAUUGCAUAAAUAUUUGUCUCAGGAAUUUGAGAUGGAGGAUCUAGGUGAUCUGAAGUAUUUUCUAGGAAUUGAAGUAGCCAAGUCCACAACUGGCAUAUUUCGGUCUCAAAGGCAGUAUGUAUUAGAUCUGUUCAUUGAAACAGGAAUGCUUGGAUGCAAACCUGCUGAUAUACCUAUCGAGAUGAAUCACAAGUUAUGUGAAGACAUGGAUCAAGAACCAACCAAUAAGGAACUGUACCAACGCCUUGUUGGAAUGUUGAUAUAUUUGGCUCACACAAGACCAGAUAUUGCAUAUGUGGUGAGUGUGGUUAGUCAGUUUAUGCAUUCACUCAGUGUGUCCCAUAGGAAUGCAAUUGAUUGGAUCUUAAGAUACUUAAAGUCAGCACUUGGGAAAGAUGUUGAUUGGGCUGGCUCCAUUAUUGACAGACGCUCUACUUCAGGUUACUUCACUUUUGUGGGAGGGAUGGAAAGUGAAGGUAACAGUCAAAACUUUGAACAAGGAAAGAAAGGAACUAGGCGGUCAUGGUCCAAGUUUGAAGAAGAUUCGUUUUUGACCGUGCUAGAUGAUUUUGUGGCUGCAGGCCAACGCUGUGAGACUGGUAGUUUCAAAUCAGGUACUAUGGUCCAAAUGGAGAAGGCUUUGAAUAUUAAAUGUCCUGAUUCGGGGCUAAAGGCAUGCCCUCAUAUUGAAUCCAAAUUGAAGAAGUGGAAAAAACAAUAUAGCAUAGUCUAUGACAUGAUAAACACAAGUGGAUUUGCUUGGAAUGAUAUAAAAAAGUGUGUUGAGGUUGACAGUAAUGAUGCAUGGGAAACUUAUGUGCAGCACCACAAGGAAGCAGCCGAAUGGAGGAGCAAACCAUUUCCUUUGUUUGAUAGACUUUCUAAUAUCUUCGGAAAGGAUCGUGCUAACGGACAAAGAGCUGAAGCCCCCGCUGACAUGAUGGAAGAGCAAAGCAAUAAUGAUGUUAAUGCUAGUGAUAAUUGUGUCCAGGAAGAUGCAUCUCCUAUGUCUUUAAACAUAGAAGGAAGCCAAUCUAUGAACAGUCAAAAUAAGAGGAAAAGAGCUACAAGCUCAAGUGAUGAAGAGAAGAUUGUGACUGUAUUGGAGAAAUUGUUUGAAGCUUCUGGGAAAAGGAUGCAAAUGGUGACUGAGGCUAUAAUAAAAGGUAAUGAAGAUCGAUCUGAUAUUGCCAAAGAACUCAAGAGAAUGGGAUUUUCUCCUUUAGAUCAAAUUACAGCACUAAAACUCAUUUUGGAGAAGCCACAAAACAUAUCUAUAUUCAUGUCUUUGGAUGAUGAUAUCAAGAAAGUGUUUGUUGAGCAGUUGCUUAGUGACAAUGCUUGAGGACAUGGCCUAGCUAAGUUUGAUGCAUCUAUCUUUUUGGAAACACCACAAAUGAUGGAUUGAUAAGAUUGGCUUCAUUUUGGAAACACCACAAAUUGUAUAAUAUUUUGCUAGCAUUAAAGCCAUAUGGUUCAUGGUUGUGGGGCUUAUUAGUUUCAUUUUGAAAUUGUGGAUGUUUAUUUGUAUGUAUUAAUGGUAGAAUUGUGUGUAGCGAACUAAACCUCUAAUUUCUGAGUCAUGUAGAUGACUUUGGCAUAUAUGAAAAAUAUCUAAC